CAACUCCAACAAAUUUCCACGCAUUUUCCAUUUUCCAAUUUUACCCCUCUUACCCUCUUUAAAGUUUAACCCCCACUUUUAUUCGGUUUCUCUUUCUCUCUCUCUCGCUCUCUCUCGAAACCGUUUAAACGAAGAAAAGAACCCAAACAUAGAGACCACCACACCACUCCACUCAACUCAGCUCAACUCGACCGCGUCAACUCAUGAGCAGCUCAGCUAUCUCGGAGCGAGUCGAGCUUGCCAAGCUCUGUAGCUCUCGGGACUGGUCCAAGGCUAUCCGAGUCCUCGACUCGCUCCUCUCUCAGUCUUUCGCCAUCCAAGACAUCUGCAAUAGAGCCUUCUGUUACAGCCAAUUGGAGCUCCACAAGCAUGUGAUUAAGGACUGUGACAAGGCGCUUCAGCUCGACCCUACGCUUCUUCAAGCUUACAUUCUCAAAGGUCGUGCAUUUUCUGCUUUGGGAAGGAAAGAGGAUGCUCUUUUGGUUUGGGACAAAGGUUACGAGCAUGCUGUGCGUCAGUCUGCAGAUCUGAAGCAAUUGCUUGAACUGGAAGAGCUUCUGAGAAUUGCAAAACAAGAAAGAAGUAUUACACAUGAAAACAAUGGGACGGAGUCUAUGUCAUCUGUGUCUGCAUCUGGAUCGGGACCUCAUAGCAAUGGCACUUAUAAGAAUCACAAUAAAUUGAGUGAUGAAUCUAAAUUAUGCAGUGCUUCAGGGGAUUCAUCUGAGUUCUGCAGUGGGUCUAGUAAUAAUUUUGACCUACGCAAUGGAUUCAGUGAUAAAGCUUUAGAGAGUACAAAUUUUGAUGGUCAAAUGAUUGAGAGUCAUGAUAUUGUAGAUAAAUUGAGUUAUGAAUCAGAUUCAUGUAGUGACUUAAGUGAUACAUCUGAACCAUGCAGUAAGUUAUCUACAAUUUGUAACAGCUCAAGCAAUACAACUGAAACUAGCAGCAAGUUAACUUUUAAAUCUGAAAUACAUAAUGAAAUAAUUGAUGAAGCCAAGAAAAAUAAAAAGUUCUGUGUUGCUAGAAUUUCCAAGACCAAGUCAAUAAGUGUAGAUUUUCGACUAUCAAGGGGUAUAGCACAGGUUAAUGAAGGGAAAUAUGCUCAUGCCAUAUCUAUCUUUGACCAGAUACUGAAAGAGGAUCCCACUUAUCCUGAGGCACUAAUAGGAAGAGGGACAGCAUAUGCAUUUCAACGAGAACUAGAAGCUGCUAUUGCUGAUUUUACAAAGGCUAUUGAGUCAAAUCCAUCUGCUGGUGAAGCAUGGAAGCGGAGAGGGCAAGCUCGAGCUGCCUUAGGGGAAUCUGUUCAGGCUAUUGAAGACUUGACAAAGGCACUAGAGUUUGAACCAAACUCGGCCGAUAUUUUGCAUGAAAGGGGAAUUGUCAGUUUUAAGUUUAAAGAUUUCAAUGCUUCUGUGGAGGACCUAUCCACGUGUGUGAAGCUUGACAAGGAUAACGCAUCGGCCUACACAUAUUUGGGUUUGUCGUUAUCUUCAAUUGGUGAAUUUAUAAAGGCAGAGGAGGCACAUAAGAAAUCAAUUGAAUUGGAUCAACAUUUCCUUGAGGCAUGGACUCAUCUAACCCAGCUCUAUCAAGAUUUGGCAAACCCAACAAAAGCCUUGGAAUGUCUUCAACAUGUUCUACAAAUUGAUGGAAGAUUUGCUAGAGCCUACCAUUUGCGUGGCCUACUGUUCCAUGGGAUGGGGGAGCACAGGAAGGCAAUCAAGGAUUUAUCAGCUGGCUUGGGCAUUGAGAAUGAUAACAUUGAGUGUUUGUAUUUACGAGCUUCCUGUUACCACGCUAUUGGCGAAUAUAGAGAGGCGGUCAAGGACUAUGAUGCUGCUCUAGAUUUGGAAUUAGACUCAAUGGAAAAGUUUGUGCUUCAAUGCUUGGCCUUUUAUCAGAAAGAGAUUGCUCUGUACACAGCCGCAAAAGCCAACAGUGAGUUUAGCUGGUUUGACAUUGAUGGAGAUAUUGAUCCACUCUUUAAGGAAUACUGGUGUAAAAGGUUGCACCCCAAGAAUGUAUGUGAAAAGGUUUUCCGGCAACCUCCCUUGCGUGAAUCAUUGAAGAAGGGUAAGCUUAGAAAGCAAGAUCAUGCUACUACAAAACAUAAGACUGCUCUUCUACAUGCUGCUGAUUCCAUUGGCAAGAAAAUCCAAUAUGACUGUCCUGGCUUCUUACCAAAUAAGCGUCAGCAUCGCAUGGCAGGAUUGGCUAUUAUUGAAAUUGCACAGAGGAUUUCAAAAGCUUGGCGUUCCUUGCAACAUUCUAAUAAAAGCACAUCAAAGUCUGGUAAGAGAGCCCGGAGAAGGGAAAGAAUUAAUAUUCCCAGCCAGAACAGAGGUGGUGCUGGUUGUAGUACGAGCAGUUCCUUAGAGACGUCAACUUCAUUUGGGAAUACAGAAGAUACAUCAUUGGGCCGUUCUACAAUGUCAUGGCAGGAAGUUUACUCAUUUGCUGUUAAAUGGAGACAGAUUUCUGAACCUUGUGACCCAGUUGUUUGGAUUAACAAAUUAAGUGAAGAGUUCAAUUCUGGUUUUGGGUCUCACACACCAAUGAUUCUCGGACAGGCAAAAGUUGUUCGCUACUACCCAAAUUAUGAAAGAACUUUAGAUGUUGCAAAGACUGUCAUAAAGGAUCAAUUGUACGUGUACAGCAAGGAAGAUAAAAUUAUUGAUCUAUCCAAAGAUGGGAAAUUGGAAGAUAUUCUGGGUGCAAACUCCUGCUCUGAUCUUUACAGAGUUGUUGGUGAGGACUUCUGGUUGGCUACUUGGUGUAAUAGUGCUUUUGAGGGGAAACGGCUUGAAGGAACAAGGAUUACCCUAGUGAAAAUGGAACGCGGAUAUGACUUUGCCAUCAGAACACCCUGCACGCCUUCCAGAUGGGAUGAAUUUGAAACAGAAAUGUCAAGGGCAUGGGAAGCUAUAUGCAGUGCUUAUUGUGGUGAGGCUUAUGGGUCCACUGAUUUCAAUGUGCUUGAAAACGUGAGAGAUGCAAUCUUAAGGAUGACAUAUUACUGGUACAAUUUUAUGCCGCUGUCAAGGGGAUCUGCUGUUGUUGGGUUUGUAGUUAUGCUUGGAUUACUUCUCGCUGCUAACAUGGAGUUUAUAGGAAACAUACCGCAAGGUGUACAAGUGGAUUGGGACGCCAUUCUAAACUUUGAUCCAAACUCCUUUGUGGAUUCUGUGAAGAGUUGGUUGAAUCCAUCUCUCAAGGUAACAACAUCCUGGAAAAAUUACCCAGAUGUGGCAUCAACUCUUGCGACAACGGGAUCAGUUGUGUCUGCUUUGAGCUCUUAUGAUGAUUGAUCUUCUUUAAAUCUUGAAGAGGACUGCAGUAUAAUGUAAUGUAGUGAUCUCUUGCGGGGCUUAUAUGAAUGAAUAACAUUCUCACUUUUCAUAGUCUCGCGUGGAUUUUGAUGCAGCAAAACAGUACAAGGAAAAAGCUAUUUGUUUAGGCAGUUAAUGUUUCCUGUAGUGGAUGGCUCCAUACUACCUGGACCUGUGGAGGAGAAUUCUGGUAAAAUUUGAGGCGUUAUAUCUCCAAAUUCACACCGGCUUGUAGCAUUGUAUUCAUGUGCGUGUUAUACAUUAAUUUGCUGUACAGCAUUCCUAAAUAAUUUAAUAGCAAGAUCCAUUUCACAAGGGAUAAUUUAUCUUAUGUUUGUGUGUAGAUUUUUUAGCCUGUUUAGAAGCUGUAUGCAAUCAGAAAGUAUGAUUAUUGAUUUUUUUUACACCCGUGGUUGGAUUUUAGUUUGAACUUUGAACAAUCUAUUUGACAGGUAAGGGUUAUUACUCUCUUUUA